AUGAUGGUAAAUCUCUCACUGAAAAAGCGCAGGGAAACUAUGAAUAUAAUUGUUCUCGAGGGAAAGCGCCUAAUCAACGAUGCCAUCGAUGCGAAAAUCAAGCUAAAGUACAUCUACUUCACCUUGGAAGACCAUCUAAGAGACAUACACAACUUAGAGGAGAUUAUGGCCACUGAUGGGACGAAGAUAAUGAAAGUGUUGUACCGAGACAUGAAGAUAUUUUCCUCCUUGGUGACGGCGCCGGGAAUAAUGGCCGUUUCAGAGAAGCCGGACUUUAGCAAGCUGGCCGUUGAUAGGUCUCAACAAAUGCCCCUGACGCUAGUUUGCGACAAUAUCCGGGACCCGGGAAAUCUGGGCACCAUCAUUCGCAGCAGUGCCGCUGCCGGUGUGGACAAAGUACUGCUGACUAACGGCUGCGUCGACCCCUGGAACAACAAGGUCAUCAAGUCGGCGGCUGGAGCGCACUUUCGUAUUCCCCUGGUCACCAACGUCUCCUGGAGCAGUCUGACCGACCACCUGCCUGGCGGUCAGGCCUUCGAUGUGUUCAUUGCUGAUUCAAAGGACCACCACCACCAGCAGCACACCGAGAAGCUGGCGGCGUCCCUCCAGUCAAGGGACUACUUUGGUGUACAGUUUUUCGAGCCUGGCAGCCGUCGGCGGCAGCAGCAGCAGCACAAAGUGCUGAUCAUCGCCAAUGAGGCCUUCGGCCCUAGCAGUGAGUCGUACCAGCUGGCGCAGCAGUGCAACGGCUCCCGGGUCACCAUUCCACUGUACGGAAACGUGGAGAGUCUCAACUCGGCAAUCGCUUCAUCGAUUUUGCUCUUUGAAAUUAGGAAACAGUACAACAGUCUCCAGUGA